CUUUGUUGACUGAAAGUGUUUAAUAGGUUUUAUUGUUUCUGUAUCUUUCGGACAAGUUUUAACUAAUUCUAUAUUAUAUUUAUGUAAAGCUUGUCUUAGAAUCCGAAGAUUAAUGAGGAGUGCAGUAUUUUACAUAAGUUUGCAGCUCCAGCUUCGACCUACAUAAUUUGCCACGUUCAGCGCAGACAUAACCAUCGUGCGUCGGUGGGUGAAUUAGAUCAUCUUUUCGACGACUUCGUCUGUCCUCAGAUGUGGAUUGUUUUGGUCUCAAAUGUGUAUACCGCGGCCUAUUUACAUGUGAUGAUGUCAACUACAAGUUUACUAAGCGACUCAAACAAUUACAGCAGAGAAGAAAUACGAGAGUACCUGGCUACGUUACAGAGUGAAUCCACUCUGGCCUUUAUACCAACCUUAAUAUAUAUGUCAGUGUCCAUUGUUGUUGGCUGUGUCGGAAACUGCCUGGUUAUUGUUGUCUACUCUACGAAACUGAUCAGAACUCCGCUAAGAAUCUUUAUCGUGAGCAUGGCUAUAUUUGACCUACUCACUAACUUGUUUGUUAUGCCAGCCAAAACCCACGAACUGUUUAACAUGUGGGACUCGGACAUGCCAACUUUGUGUAGACUACAAAAAUAUUUAAACUCUUCAUUCGUCAUAACUUCAGGCCUUAUCUUAGUCGCCAUAGCAACCACAAGGUAUAAGAUGGUAUGUCACCCUUUCGGUAAACAAGUUACCAUAAAACAAGCGAAAAUCAUCAGUGUUAUACUGGCACUAAGCGCAUUCCUAAUCUCCAUACCCUAUGGAAUCAUACACGGAACUCAAACCAAAGAAACACCCAACAAAAACAUAAAUGGAAGUUAUUGUCAAGUAGAUGACAGCUAUGUUAAAACAAUAUGGCCAAGUCUGAAUUCUGGGUUGUUUAUUUUGGUGUUUCUAGUGUGCAGUGCUGUAAUCGUAGUGUUUUACACAUGCAUUGGAAGAACAACUUGGAAGCAACAGAAUGUUUUUAGAAAAGGGGAGAUAAGAUCAUCUGGCCAACAAACAGAAAUCUCAACUUCCUUCACAGCUGUAUGUGACGAAACACACAGAUCUAGUAUCUCCGACAAGGAAGGCCCUUUAGCAACUUCUGAGACAGAACUGGUAAUAGAAACUAUUGAUGUUAAAGCUGAAAAAACUUCUGCUAGCAAUCAUGAGGACAAAGUAACAAACACAAACAAGGUUUUAGAACGAGGUCUGGGUUUAUGUGAUACUAAUGAUAGAAAUUUAGAAUCCGCCUUCAGCAUGAUGCCAGAUACUCAAAAUAAUAAACAACAGAACAGAUCUAAAGUAAAGAGUAUUGCAUUUUCGAAUGACAAUGAACAAAAAACAGACAUGACACUGCAUCAAAACGAAGCACCUCACCAAGAGUCCCUUAAUCAAGAUAAAACUAUUCAACAGAAACCAUCCACUAAACAACGGCGUGUUUUUGGAAGGACUUCUUUGAUGAUGUUUAUCGUAACCUUGGUAUUUGUCCUUGGAUUUCUUCCUUUUCUGGGCCUCAAUGUUUUUCUUGCAAUCUCCCCUAAAAAAGUCGCUGCACUAAAAGGCGCCUCACUGGCUUUCUAUCAACUUUUUCUGAGUUCUUAUUUGUUGAACAGUUUCGCCAAUCCCAUAGUCUACAGUUUGUUGGAUAUGAGAUUCAGAAAAGAAUGUUUCAAGUUGUUUAAAUGUUUAGCAAAAUGAUCAUGUUGUGUGGAACAUGAUUUGACUUUAUAAUGUGUGACUUCAUGAAAUGUUUCUUUAAAUAAUUGCAUUUCGUGACAAUGUACUAAACUAACUAAACAAUUAUCCUCAGAGAAAAUUGUAGUUAGAACCAUGCUUGUUAUAUAACCUUUUAGCUUUGCCCUUGAAAUAAUUCUGAGGGUUACUUCAUCCUGUGCACUGCCAGAGGAGCAUAAGGCCCCAACCACACCUCUCCACUGAACUCGGUUCUGAGCAGCUUUCUUUAUCUGCUCCCAUGUCAUUCCAAUACCCUCAGCUAAACUGAUGACUGACCUUUUCCAGGUUUGCUUGGGUCUGCCCACUUUCCUCUUUCCUUGCGGAUUCCAAUCAAGUGCUUGCCUUACAACAUUGGUAGCUGGUUUUCGCAGGGUGUGUCUUAUGUAGCUCUACUUACGCUUUUGGUUGUCUUUGGCUAUGGGCUUUUGUCUAGGGUUAGCAACAUUUUUAUGUAAAUGACAUUCUGGUCAUGAAUUUAGAACAAUAAAAAAACAUUCAAAAUACUUUUUUUGUAAAUACCUCCUUUAAGCAACUUAUAGAGCGAUGGUUUUUCUCUUCAAAAUUAACGAAUGUUAUAUUAAAAAAAGAAAGAAUCCUGGUAAAUCCGAGAAAGGAGCCUGGUAAAGUGAAUGUAUAGAUCUAUCACAUCUUGUAAUAGUCCAAUGAUAAGCAUUUAGAUCUAGACUUAGACGAUGCACACAAUUUUCAUGAACAUUAAUUUAUUAAACUUUUCAGUCAUAUAUAAGAUAUAAGAAAAGCGUGCAUUCGGAAAUUCCCGUUUCAAAAACGCGAUAGUCCUUUCAAAUUUAAAACCGAUGUUGGAUAUAGGCCUAGAUCUAGAUCUCUAGCCAAAUAUAAAUUUAUUUCAUUUUUUUUUUAUUGAAAAAUGAUAACAGUUAAGCUCGUGUCUUUGAAGUGUGUGACCAACGAGCUGGUAACUCUUUUCUCAGUGAUAUACAGCAACUAUUAAAUUUCUAGGAAAAUCGCCAGAGACGUUUUUUUGAAUCAACGUCCAGGUUCCUCCAUGAAGUUCUGACUUGAGGUAUUGUAAAAAUGAUACAAGUCUUUAAAAUACAAAUGUUAAAAAAUUCCUCAUCUAAGUUUUAUUUUCAUUGCUACUACGUCGUUAACCUUGGCUGCUGCAGAUAAUGUUCACAACUAGAUGGACAAUAUUGCAUAUCACGGUGGGGCGUGGUGGCGAGGGGUUAAGUUCUUGGCUUCCGAACCUGGGGUCGUGGGUUCGAAUCUCGGUGAAGACUGGGAUUUUGAAUUUUGGGAUAUUCAAGGAGCCCCUGAGUCCAUCCAACUCUAAUGGGUACCUGAUUUUAUUUGGGGAAAGUAAAGGCGGUUGAUCGUUGUUCUGGCCACAUGACACCCUGCUGGUUAACCGUUGACCAAAGAAGCAUGAUCUUAACAUCAUCUGCCCUAUAGAUCGCAGGGUCUGAAAGGGGAACUUUACUAUAACACAUUGAUGAACGAAUAGGACAUGAACGAUGUAAGAUGAGAAUACUAGAGAAGAUGGCUGAUAUAAAAUCAAUGUUUUCUUUACAGAUGAGUGGUGGUAGUUCAACUCCGUUGUAUCACUAUGAUCAUUCAAUCUAAACUUUCAGUCUUUACACUAGACUUUAAAUAGGAUACUUUCGAUACCAACGCCAAGCGUAUGCUGUUCCUUUUAUGUGUUCAACCCUUAACGUCAUAAUUCUGUCACCGUCUCUCUGCUGAAGUGUGCAUCUCUAUAUAUUAACCUCAGAAAUAAGUCCCAUAUCUCUAAACCUUGAAAGCAAAUCAUUGUUAGACUCCGCGAUACUAAAUGUAAUGACUUCCAAAGAUUUCUUUUGUUUACGAUUCCUCUUAUCAGGCUGCAAAUUAUUUCAUAGGGAAAAGAAAAACAAAAGCUAAAAAAAAAUCUGGGUAGACAAAUUAGAGAAAAUUUUAUUUUUGAAAAGUUCUUUAUUUUCAUCUGUCUAAAACAACGAAAUACUUCGAGUCAACCUAUAGUCAUCACAUAUUUUCAUCUCUCUAAAACAACUAACUUAGAGUCAACCUAUAGUCAACACAUAUUUUCAUCUCUCUAAAACAACUAACUUAGAGUCAACCUAUAGUCAACACAUAUUUUCAUCUCUCUAAAACAACUAACUUAAAGUCAACCUAUAGUCAUCACAUAUUUUCAUCUCUCUAAAACAACUAACUUAGAGUCAACCUAUAGUCAACACAUAUUUUCAUCUCUCUAAAACAACUAACUUAAAGUCAACCUAUAGUCAACACAUAUUUUCAUCUGUCUAAAACAACUAACUUGAAGUCAACCUAUAGCCAACACAUAUUUUCAUCUCUCUAAAACAACUAACUUAGAGUCAACCUAUAGUCAACACAUAUUUUCAUCUCUCUAAAACAACGAAAUACUUCGAGUCAACCUUCUAUCAACACAUAUUUUCAUCUCUCUAAAACAACUAACUUAAAGUCAACCUAUAGUCAUCACAUAUUUUCAUCUCUCUAAAACAACUAACUUAGAGUCAACCUAUAGUCAACACAUAUUUUCAUCUCUCUAAAACAACUAACUUAGAGUCAACCUAUAGUCAUCACAUAUUUUCAUCUCUCUAAAACAACUAACUUAGAGUCAACCUAUAGUCAACACAUAUUUUCAUCUCUCUAAAACAACGAAAUACUUCGAGUCAACCUUCUAUCAACACAUAUUUUCAUCUCUCUAAAACAACUAACUUAGAGUCAACCUAUAGUCAACACAUAUUUUCAUCUCUCUAAAACAACUAACUUAGAGUCAACCUAUAGUCAACACAUAUUUUCAUCUCUCUAAAACAACUAACUUAGAGUCAACCUAUAGUCAACACAUAUUUUCAUCUCUCUAAAACAACUAACUUAGAGUCAACCUAUAGUCAACACAUAUUUUCAUCUCUCUAAAACAACUAACUUAGAGUCAACCUAUAGUCAACACAUAUUUUCAUCUCUCUAAAACAACGAAAUACUUCGAGUCAACCUUCUAUCAACACAUAUUUUCAUCUCUCUAAAACAACUAACUUAGAGUCAACCUAUAGUCAACACAUAUUUUCAUCUCUCUAAAACAACUAACUUAGAGUCAACCUAUAGUCAACACAUAUUUUCAUCUCUCUAAAACAACGAAAUACUUCGAGUCAACCUUCUAUCAACACAUAUUUUCAUCUCUCUAAAACAACUAACUUAGAGUCAACCUAUAGUCAACACAUAUUUUCAUCUCUCUAAAACAACGAAAUACUUCGAGUCAACCUUCUAUCAACACAUAUUUUCAUCUCUCUAAAACAACUAACUUAAAGUCAACCUAUAGUCAUCACAUAUUUUCAUCUCUCUACAACAACUAACUUAGAGUCAACCUAUAGUCAACACAUAUUUUCAUCUCUCUAAAACAACUAACUUAGAGUCAACCUAUAGUCAUCACAUAUUUUCAUCUCUCUAAAACAACUAACUUAGAGUCAACCUAUAGCCAACACAUAUUUUCAUCUCUCUAAAACAACUAACUUAAAGUCAACCUAUAGCUAACACAUAUUUUCAUCUCUCUAAAACAACUAACUUAGAGUCAACCUAUAGCCAACACAUAUUUUCAUCUCUCUAAAACAACUAACUUAAAGUCAACCUAUAGUCAACACAUAUUUUCAUCUCUCUAAAACAACUAACUUAAAGUCAACCUAUAGCCAACACAUAUUUUCAUCUCUCUAAAACAACUAACUUAAAGUCAACCUAUAGCCAACACAUAUUUUCAUCUCUCUAAAACAAC